UUACGGAGCCCAUGUAAGUGGGUCAUGAAUUUUUUUUUUUUUUACUUUUUUUAAUCCUAUUGCUGCUAUUUACUGGCACCGGUGAUUACUGACCUCUAUACUAAUAGCAGCAUAUUAGUGGCACUUGUAAAACUUUCUCUAAAGUAAUUAGACAUCAAUUACUAUGAACAUAAGAUAUGAAUUUCAAUGUCUCUAAAUUCUCUGGUUUGUAAGAAGUUAGAGGCUUAGUUUUGAAAUAUUUUACUUAGAAAAAAUUUGGUAAUGUUAAGUAACUUAGGUACUUGACUUAAAGUCUUAUGACCCCAAGAUGGGGCAGAGGGUUGGUCCAUAGAGUAGUUGUGUACAAAUUGCAACGUUAACUAGCAUACACCAACACAUCGACACAACUAUCGCUACACAAUAUCCCUGUGUGGGUAUUCCGUAGUAAUGUGCAUAAAAAUGUUUGUCCAAUACGCACACAUUGGUAUAUACUAUAAAUUAUUGUGUCGGUAUAUGUAAGAAUUUCGUAAAAGAUUGUAUGAAUAAAAACAAGGGUAGAGUUAAAAUAAUACUUAACAAACAUUUAAUAAAUCGAACAUCAAACGAUCGAGCUACGCAAUUAUACUCAUACAAAUAUAUCUAAAGGAAUCUCGUCGUAUAUUUAUGUUAUUGAAUGCAUUACAAUAUUUCGUAUUAAUUGCACGUUUGGUGUAAUGGUUAACGCAUUGAGACAUCAGACAAGGUGUCGCAGGAUCGAACCCAGCACUCAACAACUAGUUCUUUUUGUAGUGUUUAUCAAAUAUUUUUAAACAACAUCUAAUUCUAAAUUUCUAAUGAUUUGAUACUUGAGUAUUAAAUUUGUAAUGUUUGUGGCGACCAUGGAACUCUCGGGUCAUUUUAUUUAGCCCGUUUAUAAAGUAACUACCGUCAAUUCUUUAAAUGUUUUCCAAAUCACCCAACUUACAAAAUAAUUGCAUUCUUAGUUGUCAAUUUAUGAGCAUUUCAUUUUCAUAGUUUAUUGCUACAUAAUUCGUGUGUAAAGCUCAAAAUGUCUCAACACUUCACAAAUUUGAAAAAGGCAGAACUAAUUAUUUUGCACGAACAAAAGAUCUCAUUUAGUGAAAUAGAAAGGCGCUUAAUGAUAUCGAUUUUAAUCUGCGCGAUGCGCGUGCGACGGUUGACGCGCAAUGGUGGACGGGCGCCAUAUUGGAUAGUGAGCCGACGCCGACGACUCAUGCCAUUCUGUCCAGUGGUUAACCCGUGCUGUGAUCCCGGUGUGUUGGAGACACUAAGCGACCGUGUGUAGCGUGAUUGGACUUUGUGCGACUGAAGUGCUACGAUACCUUGCUACGUCUCGUAGAGGCCGCCUUCACGGAAAAGCUCAAGUGACCAUAUGAGUGGUCGGUGACGAGGAACACAGCAGCGUUAGAAGAUGAAGCCCCGGGGGGCGAGGGUCAUGCAUGCCUUCACUGCACUCACCAUGCUCACCAUGGCCAAUGCUCAAACUACUUGCAACCAGGGAAUGGGAAGGGUCAUGUAUGAAAGACUGCCUAAUCAACAGCUACAUGGAUUUGAUGAUGAUGUUGUACGCGAGACGGCGCCACCUUUUCGCGUCUUGGAGAAAUGCCAGGAUUUGUGUCUGCGUGACCGUUCUGGUAACAGCCUGGUUAGGACUUGCAACUCUAUUGAUUUCCAACCUGGUGCUAGAAUAGCUGCAUUCAGCCCUGAACCUGAAUAUGAGGAGUCCACUUGUUAUCUCACAAGAGAACAGGCCGCUCCCGAAGGCAUCGGGACCCUCAUGAUUGUACCAAACAGCGUCCACUUCAAUGAAAUCUGCCUCACAUCGAAUCGGCCGGAGCGUGAAUGUCCAUCCCGUCGGUAUGUUUUUGAACGCCAUGCUCGAAAGCGACUCAAACUUCCUCCUUCAGAUCUCAAGGAAAUAAUGGUUACUAACCGAACAGAGUGUGAAGAUAAAUGUCUGGGAGAGUUCAGCUUUGUUUGCCGUUCUGCAACAUACGACUCUGCUCUGAGGACUUGUUCCCUAAGUAGAUUUACUCGAAGGACACACCCAGAAUUAUUGGAAGACGACCAUAACGCAGAUUAUUUAGAAAAUACUUGCUUAAACGCCGAACGUCGUUGUGAUGGCUUAGCAGUUUUCAUUAAAGAAGAAAACAAGCGCCUCGGCGGACCGUUCGAAGCCGAUGUGUUUUCAAACAUGACUCUCGAUGAAUGUCAAGCAAUGUGUGUUCGGGCUGAGAAAUAUUUCUGUCGCUCCAUCGAGCAUGACGCUAUGACUCGCCAAUGCGUUCUGUCCGAGGAAGACUCAGUUUCACAAAAAGACGACGUGACUGUUAGCGCAUCUCCCACCCAUCACUUCUACGACCUUGUUUGCCUGGACAAUCUCUCUCAUCGGGUGACAGCUCGUGGCACGGAGUACCCGGACAACAGUGUGACGUCACACCUGUUCUCUCCCGGACGUCGGCCGGACACGGCCUUCCAGAGGUACAGGAACAGUCGGAUCACAGGGGAGUUCCACUCGGAGAUCACCGGCCGCUCCCUCAGCGAGUGUUUGGACGAAUGUUUGAGGCAGACCAGCUUCCAGUGCAGGUCGGCAGUGUACAGCGACCGCGCCAGGACAUGCCGACUGAGCAGAUACAAUCAGAAGGAUGGCAUGCGACUGCUUUACGAUCCCGAUUUCGAUUAUUAUGAAAAUUUGAUGCAUCAGCUAGUUGGAGGGGAGAGCGAAGCUGGGACUCCGGGAACUGGUUCACAGGGCAAUUGGGGGGGACGGCCCUCUACUUCCACAGGUGGUAGUAAUGGAGGCGACCGGGAUCGAUACCCGCCAGGCGUAGACCGCUACCCGGACGACGACCGGUAUUCAGAUGAUGACCGGUAUGGCGACCGUCGGCCAGAUCGGUACCCAGACGACAGAUAUCCAUCUGGGCCUGACGACCGCUACCCCGACGACAGAUACCCACCUGGCGUCGGAUCAGACCGCUACCCGUCUGACAGAUAUCCUCCUGGAGUCGCAGACCGAUACCCAGCUGACAGAUACCCACCCGGCAUCGAUCGCUAUCCACCUGGUGUUGAUCGGUAUCCAUCUGGCCCUGAUCGAUACCCCAUUGGUCCCGAACGAUACCCGAUUGGCGCAGAUAGGUACCCAGCGGGAGCUGACCGAUAUCCUCCUGCUGCUGACAGAUACCCACCUGGAGUCGGGCUCGGGGUUGAUAGAUACCCCUCAGGCAGUGGAAGAUAUCCUCUCCCAAGUGGUGAUCGUUACCCAGUUGACGGCGGACGAUACCCACCCUACGACUUUCCUACUAACGACAUCGGAAGAUACCCAGUAGACCGAUAUCCCAUUAGCCGCUAUCCUAUUGACGUUUACCCUGAAAGGUUCCCACAAGACAGAUACCCAGAAAGAUUCCCUGUACGAGGCAGUGGCCGAUACCCGUCUAGACCGGGGUGGGGCUCUAGCCGCUAUCCUGAUAGGUUCGAUCAGGACAGAUACCCUGGAACUAACGAUUGGGGACGGUACCCGUUCAGUCGCUACCCAGUUGGGGUGAACAGAGACCCAGUACCUCUGGGCGGGGACCGAUACCCAGAUUUGUAUAACAAAUAUCCGCCGACCGGAUCAUCAUACCCCGCAGGCUACGGACGUGGGGGCUAUUACGGACCCGAUUAUGCUGGGCCGGAUCGAUUCCCUGACAGAGGUAUUCGACCGGGCACAGACAGAUAUCCAGUGGAACCCAGACCUAGUUUUGGUUUAAGACCCAGACCCAUUGAGAGGCCUAACGGUUAUCGUGGAUCUUAUCCUCCACCUGGUCCAGUUGAACGCCCUAUAAGUGGACCGGUUUACGGUGGCGGCGGACCUUCAUAUGGUAGUGGACCAGUUUAUGAACCUGAUGGCCCUAUUGGACCUGUAGGACCACCAAUCAAUGGUCUUGGUGGGCCAAUUAAUGGUCCAGUUGGUGGCCCUAUUGGUGGACCCAUUGGAGGUCCAAUUGGAGGUCCUAUUGGAGGUCCCAUUGGUAAUGGUAUAGGUAGACCACCAAUUGGACAAAGGCCGUGGCAGGGAUCGCGGUGUGAAGAGGACAGUUUUAGACAAGUGGGUAGACAACGCAUGCAGAGACGAUAUGUUCGACGAUUCACUACUGCUCAGUCACUGGCUCAUUGCCAACGAGAAUGCAUAGAGGCCAGAGACUUCAUCUGUCGGUCAUUCAACUAUCGGGGUGUAGACGGCGCGUGGGCUGGGGAACCUCGUGAUAAUUGUGAGCUGAGCGAUCGAGACACUCGGGAGCUUGAUGCUGCUAAUCCAGCACAUUUCGAUAACACAGCUAAUGAAUAUGAUUUCUAUGAACGAGCUCUUGGCAGGAUGGCUGAUGAUUGUUUGGACGUAUCCCAAGUCUGCAACGAAGAUGGAAUGGAGUUCACUCUCCGACUUCCUGAAGGGUUCUAUGGUCGAAUGUAUACCUAUGGCUUUUAUGACCGGUGUUUCUUCCGUGGAAAUGGUGGAGUAGUAAACGUUUUGCGUAUCACUGGAGCUCAUGGAUACCCUGAAUGUGGAACACAGAGGUAUGGAGAUACGAUGACCAACAUCGUAGUGGUCCAAUUCAGCGACAACGUGCAAACUUCUCGCGACAAGCGUUUCAACUUGACUUGCCUGUUUCGAGGCCCAGCAGAGGCUGUAGUCACUUCCAAUUACAUCGGCGCCGGUCUUGGGUAUGAUUUGGUCGACAGGUCGGGCAGUCCCAUACCCAUCGAAUAUCUUCCUGAAGAGAGUUCUUUGAACUCCAAAGUCCGUCUUAUGAUCCUGUAUCAAGGCAGACCCACGACCACUAUUGCUGUUGGAGAUCCAUUAACGUUCAGAUUGGAAGCUCAGGACGGAUACAACUAUGCAACGGAUAUAUUCGCUACAAAUGUCAUUGCUAGAGACCCUUACUCUGGACGGUCGGUGCAGCUAAUUGAUCGUGUUGGAUGUCCUGUAGAUCCCGACGUUUUCCCUGAAUUAGACAAAGGUCGCAACGGUGAUUCUUUGGAAGCAAGAUUCAACGCUUUCAAGAUCCCAGAAUCGAACUUCUUAGUUUUCGAAGCCACAGUGCGUACGUGCCGCGAUGGUUGUCAGCCGGCAUAUUGUCCAAGUCACACAGGACGAUCGGAGCCAUCAUUCGGAAGGCGUCGAAGGGACGUGAACUCGACACUUGGAGUGGAUGGCAAUGACACUGCCGAAGUGAGGACUACAGACAGUAAUGACACAAAGACAGACAAACAAGACGAUAAAAAUGCAGGCACUGUGUACAAAGUGUCGUAUGAAGAGGCUACCGUCGAUAAAUAUCUCAAGGAUGAGGUCGAGACCCCUAGUCAUGUGAGGAAGAUGAUUGAGGUAUUUGACAACCGCAACGAGUUAUUAGAAGAGAAUGGUGAGGCCGACUCUUCGCCCGUGGUAGCAGCUGCCGGUAUCUGUGUACCGCCGUAUCACUACAGGGCGUUACUAGUGGCCCUCUGUGUGUUGCUGUCUUUGGUACUGGCCAUGCUCACUGCUGCUCUGUAUAUCUAUAGACGUUAUUGGCGAGUGCUGCGCAAGAACAUCCAAGCAUCGUCACCUGCGCCCGCGCUGCGGCCAGUGACCCCGGGACCUAGGCCUACAAGACCGUCGCUCUUCUCCGCCUCACAUCUGCAUAAACCAUUCUCAUUGAGUGGAUUGGGAAGAACAUUCGCCGAGGUGGGCGAUGAAGCUGGUUCCUCGGGACGUUUAGCAAGUGCCUUCGACGAUGGUAGCGAGCCUAUCUACACCGACCCGUCCUUGUUCGAGCGCUCCCGGUCUCUUCGCUCCCUCCACUCAUUGGACAUGAAACCCGACAGACGUGACCACCGCGCGUAACUUCGACAAGUCAACGCAUAAUUCUAACACAUAUUUUUUACAAAUAAAUAAUAUAUCUAACUCAAAAAUUAAUGAUGAAACUUUCUUCAAAGUGUAUCUCUCGACUUUAACAUAAAAAAUGCCAUAAAUGCUCAGUCUUAUUCCGUCCAAAAUGAUCUGCAAUUAUUAAAGUACAAUAUUUUGUUUUAACAUUUUUUAUGUGUAUUAAUUUGAAACUUACUGUAAGUUGCUACUAAUAAAUAUUUUACAGUGA